AGUUGUCCCAGUAGUUCGGACGUUUCGCCUGCCAAAGAGCCAUGGGCGGCGUCGUGUCACUGCUUCCCAAUGCGUGCAUGGGCCGGGACAAGAAGAUUUUGCAUGACCUCAAAUUGACCUUACCUCCUGAAAGGGUGACCUCCUUGCUUUCGCUGGAACAUUUGAAUGUGAAUGUACCGGCCUGGAACAGUGAGCUUGAAAUCUUUUGGAUGAAGGGCCUGGGCUUUGCAAAAGACACACGUGCCGAUGAUGUGUGCAGCAAAGUGCGGGCCAAAGGCGGUUCCUUGCAGGGACUGGUUUGGGCCAAUGCAGGAUUGCAGCAGGUGCAUAUGCCCAUUGGCGAGCCACCACCCAUGGAAUCGCAGACCAUUCCAGGCUUUGUGGGCUUGGCAUACUCGGACAUUGUAGGCUUGAGAAGCAAUCUGAAAGCUUUGUCCAUCGAUUUCUCUUUGGUUUCAAGCCAAGAGACGGUAGCCAUGAAGGACCUUGGACCACCAGCUAUGAAAGUCAAGAGUCCAACUGGCGUGAACUUCAUCAUUCAUGGCAUUCGCACAUCAAGCUGGGUCACUCCCAGUGGUUGGAUGAACACCAAGGACUUGGAGGAGCAACAAGUUUCUCUUCCUAGUCAGGUGCCAUCCGUUUGCCUGGGCAUUCCCUACAUGCGUUUUCUAUGCCCACAUGGCAAAGCUGCCGCUGUCGCAAGGUUCUACGAUUGCAUCUUUUGCACCAAGGCGGAAGUCCGAAAAGCCGCCAAUGCAGAGGAAUGUUGGGUACCAGUUGGUGCUUCCCAAUGGAUCAUCUAUCGGGAAGCCCAAGCCGGAGACCACAUUCCUUACGAUGGCUAUCACAUUGCCAUCUACAUCAACAAUUUUGUGGAUACCUACAGACGGGCAAAGGAGCGACAAUUGGUGUGGAACAACCCACGCUUUCCCAACACCACCUACGAUACUGAAGACAUGGCGAUUUCCCACACGGAAUUUCGCAUCUUGAAGUUGGUAGAUCCUCAAAGUGGAGAAUUCAUUUGUGAGCUCGAGCACGAGAUCAGGGCUGCAUCGCACCCCGCCUUUUGUGCCAAACAAUGGAUUGGCCCGAAACCUUUGGGAGAGCUUGGCGACCAUCAAGGCAAGUGAAGCUUAUCGCAUGUCUCACUGAAACACAUCGUGUCAACGCGUCAAAAGCA